ACCUUCUCAUGCGCCUUGUUCAAAAUACGAUUUUUGUCAACAUGAGAGUUUUGUGAUUCUUAUUGCCUGUUCUAUUGUUUUAAUUGUUUUAAAGCUUGAAAAUGGAUGGUCAAGGGCUCCUUAGUCCUUCAAAAGAACAAAUGCGGUAUGCUUUCAACAAAGUCACUGAUGCCACUGUACAGUCAUUAUACCACAUAUGGGAUAAGAUGGGUAUUGAUGAGUCACAGAAAAAAGCUCGUGGUGAAACAGCUGUGGCCCAUGUUAAAAACUUAACACAAGAUAUGGUUAAAGAAGAGGAGCUUCUAAUGAAUAAAUUGGAAAAAACUAUUGAAGACUUUGUAGAGAAGUUAAGCCAGCUAUGUGAAGAGCUUUCUCUUCCACAAGUAAAAUUGCCUGGCAACAUGACUAUGGUGCAGAAAGAAAAAAUUUUAAGAGGAAAAGUGGAGACAAUGACAAAAGAAAAAAAUGACAGGUUGUCAAAAUACAAGGAACUCCAUUCAAGAGAUCAGUACUUGUGUGAUGUGAUGUGUACUACGCCCUAUUACAUUCCUUCGGGGACUGUACCUAGUCUAGAGCAGCUUAGAGAGAUGGAGAAACAUGUAAACAAUUUAAAUGCUGAGAAGGAAAAGAGAUACACAGAAUUUGUUUCACUAAAAGCAAAAGUUGUGGAAUUGUAUCAUGUGAUGGAAAGUGAUCCAGACACCUCAUUUGGUCGUGAUUUAAUUUGUGAAGAUGAUGAUAGCUUUUUGUUAUCUAUUAAAAAUAUGGAAAGUUUGAAGCAAUUGCAUGAUGAGCUUGUUAAGAAAGACAGUGAAAUGAAACGUGAAACGUCCGACCUGUGGGAUCGUCUUAAAGCACUGUGGAACCGCUUAGAAACACCAGACAUAGAUCGAGAAGCAUUUGAACUGAACAAUGAAGGGCAUGGAAAGAGAACUAUUUCCUCUCUCAAAGAUCAAAUUGAAGCUUGUGAACUCCUAAAAUUUCAAAAUAUGCAAAGAUUUGUCGAUGGAAUAAGAAAUGAAUUGGUUACAUGGUGGGAAAAGUGUUAUUUCAGCAAGGAGCAACAAGAUAAAUUCACAGCUUUUAAAGAAAAGGAAUGUUCAGAAGAGAUACUACAAGCUCACGAACAAGAGCUUGAAAAGCUGAGGGGUUAUUACAAUACACACAGAGACAUUCUUGAAAAGAUUGCACAAAGAGAUGUGUUGUUUAAAAAUAUGGUUGCUUUUGAGGAAAAAGCCAGUGAUCCAAAUAGAUUUUUCAAUGACAGAGGUGGAAAAUUGCUGCAGGAAGAAAAAGCUAGAAAAAAGCUUAUGAAAGAUUUACCAAAGGUGGAAGAUGAUGUGGCUGAGGCUAUUACAAAAUGGGAAACUGAAAACAACAAAGAAUUUCUUGUCAAUGGUGAAAGAUUUCCACAGUAUGUUAAAUCUCAAUGGGAAAAUUUUCAUCUCCAGAAGGAACAACAAAAGCAAUCGAGGAAACUUGUUCCACAGCUCAAAGCAAGAGCAAAACAAACACAGGACGAAAUUCUGUAUGGAAGCAAAUCUGUCACACAAACUCCCAGUAAGCGAAGGGCUCCACCAGCUACAAACACACCCAUGCGCACACCUCUUAAAGCUAGAAAACUGAAUGAAAUACCAAAGACACCUAACACUACUAGCAAGUUACCAAACAGCAGUAGGUUUCAACACAGCACUGUUAUACAUUCACCAUUUGGUCGUCGACCUCUUUAUACCCCUAAGACACCCCUAAAUAGUUCUACCAAAAAAAGGAGGUCUGCACGAUUAAUGAGAAAAGCAGACACUGAACGUAAGGCAAGCACCAGCCGUCGCAAGUCUCGAGAUGUUUUCUCACACACGACGGUAAGCAGCGAUGAUCAUGGCAUCUCUACCUUGGCUUCCCAUGGAUCCUACCACGACUUUGCUAAUUUUGUGAGCGCUUCCAAAGCAUCCUCGCCAAGUGCAGAACAUUUCUGAGCACCUUUAGGGACUAGUUUUCAGAUUGGAUUGUCUCGACCUAAUUGUCGCAGCAGUGUUGUGCCUUCAGCUGGUUUGAUUUCCACUUACAAAAACUAAUGUGCAACUUAGGAUCUUAAUUUCAUUUGGAUGUAAGAGUCGUGUGUAAAAGAGCUUAGACUUAACUGUGAUUUGAUUGAAUAGUUGUGAUUGUUAAGAUUUGUUAACUAUUAAUUAAACUGCAGCUUCUAAAAAAAAACUUGGAAUAAACUGUCUAUUUCAUUGGUAGUAAGCAUGUACAAUUCUCUUUUAUUUUAUCUGAGUCUUCUGGUGUAUGUAUUUUAACUGUUUAAAUUAUUUAUGCCUUUGUAUCAAUUUAUUUUAUUAUUAAUUAUAUCUCUGCUCUUAUUAAAUUUGUUACAAUGAAGUUAUUUUUGCUAAAAAAAUAUAUUUUCAAAUUAUUUCAAGGACUAAAAUACAUUUUUCAUCUCUGUAAUGUUUUUGUACAGAGCAUAAUAUUAAACUGUAAAUAUUCAUCUAUAUUUUAUAGAUACCCAUAAAGUCAUGAUUAUAAUCAUAUAUAAAGAAAAGUAGUAAUAGUUUGUGCCUUAAUAGGUUUAUGCAUUUAUUAAAGUAGUCCCAUUUUAUUUUCCUGUGCCUUACCUCAGUACAUUAGCAACAUUUUUAGACUGGUAUUUUACAACAUAGUGUAGAGAACCUUUAUGAUCUUAUAUAUUAUUUAGAAAAACAUCCCAGAUCGAUUUCAAUGAAGGGUUGAAUGCAUCAUGUACCUUGCAGUUUGAAUGCUAUAUUUUAUUGUUCAGUUUUCAAUUAAAAAUACACUCUGAGUGCUGCAUGCAAACAUGGAGUAGCUGUCUUUUUAAAAUGUGUUUAAAAAGUUGGUCUAAGGCACCUAAUUAAUCUUCAGAAUAUCAGUAGUCGGUGUCACUUAUAUUACUUGCAGACUUACCUAGAUCUGAUCUACAUACCUAUGUAUAAAUACUGUAGAAAUGUUUUUUAUGCUGUUGGUUUUUUUUUUAAUCUUAUUGCUAUUACAGUAUGAUCUUUUUUUUUUAAAUUUAUAUUAAGUACGGUUUUAUCCUAGAAUUAGACAUUGUGUAGCUAUAAACCACCUGAGUUGUUUUUUUUUUUGUAUAUAUUUUAUUAAUCAACCAUUUGUACAAAUGUUUAUACCAAAACAUUAAGCAUUCAUUCAUGCUCAGUAACAGCUAACUUUCAACAUUCAAACAUACAUGCAAUUAACUAUUAAUACAAUAAAGUUUU